CAAUACAAUCUAACUAAACCCAACCUUGUAGGAACUAACAGUUGAAAUUUGAAACCAUCAGAAUCACGUAAACAACGACCAUCAGAUCAGACGGCAGAAAAUCGACCAUCAUGGGCGUUCGAUAUGAAUUAACGGUGGUGAUUCUGAUGGUGCUAGUUCAUCAGAGUGUGCAGCUAAGGUCCACACAUCCAUUACAUGAGGUCGUGGAUAGGAUAAACAAUCAUGGAGGUCCGUACAUUGGGCUUGUUUUGGCCUUCCCUGCUGAACAAGUUCCUCUUCUAAACUCUGGACUUUUUGUGCCUAAUUCCAGAAAUCCAUUUAUUCAACUCUCUGGUAGGAAAUUCAACAUUGGAAAAAUCAAAGGUGUGGAUGUAAUCUAUGUCUUGACAGGAGAGCAAACAGUAAAUGCAGCUAUUACAGUACAAUCUCUUCUUCAAACGUUUAACAUUAAGGGGAUCGUUCACUAUGGCAUUGCUGGAUGCACUAACACUUCUAUGUCCGUCGGCGACGUUGGUGUACCACAUUCUUUUGCAUUCACCAGCUCCUGGAAAUGGCUGGAUUUCGGAUCAGAAGAAACAAGUGAGAAGGAGCUGAAAUUCGGGGCGUAUAAUCAUCCUCAAACAGGAGAGAAUUUACUGGAAAGAAUACAAUUCAGCCCAGUACAACUCUUCACUAAUGGGAAAGCAAUGGAAGAGAUCUUCUGGUUUCCUGUUGAUGCUCAUUGGUACAAUCUUGCUACUCAACUUCAGAGAGUUAAAUUACAACAAUGCCUGAACGAGACUGCUUGCUUGCCUAAAGAGCCAAAAGUAGUAUUUGGACUAAGAGGUUCAACUGCGAAUGUGUUUAUGUCAAAUUUGGCGUUUGCAAAGUUCCUUUAUGAAGAAUUCAGCAUAUCUACAGCAGAUGAAGAGAGUGCUGCAGUUGUACAUGCAUCACUUUCGAAUGGGGUUCCAUGUGUCGUGUUUCGUGGUGUAUCGGAUGUAGCAGGUGGAGAGAAACUGGCAUUGGCAGGUCUCAGUUCUUUAGCUGCUAUCAAUUCUUUCAAAGUUGCUGCUAAAUUUGUAGAACUCAUUGGUAGAAAGAAAGCUACGUUUUGAUCAACUUCAUCACUGCAAUAAUCCUAGCCUCUUAACACUUGCAAGCUAUGAUGAUUCUACCUUGAUUUGUACCAGUUCUAUUUUCUUGUACAUGCCCUGUUCGAUCAGUAAUAAACCAGUUUCUGUAACAUGAAAAAUUAUGGGGUGGAUCUUAAUGCAUUAAUUUACUAUUAA